ACUUACAUAUUACCUAUGUAUGUAUGUAUAUUGAACUCGUAGAGAAGUGGUCAAAUCGGCCCAUAAACAUGAUCUGAGUGAAGGGUAUACACAUGUGAAUAUACGUACUAUAUCUGACUUCCCAAUAUCUAACUACCAAGAGAAAUUUUUACUUACGAUUUAUACUUCAAAACUCUUACAUUUCGACAAUUCAGCGGUCGAUCUGAGUCAACCGAGCGAAUGAGCACUUGUGCAAACCGAAGAGAAAAAAUGGUAGCAAAUGGGACAUAAAACAUGAGCAGUUCGCUCACGUUGAGGUUCUCGGAGCGUCAUGCGCACAACACCUAACAAUGACAGCCAAUGUGAUCUUCGACAAUGUUGGCGACGGCGGUGCGAGCGAAGAAUGUGCACGAAUAUAAAACCUCACUGCAGUGAUAAUUGAAUCAAAAGCGUUCAACACUUCGACUAGUCUAAGUAUCGUGCGAAAGCUACGGUACGGUCAAUUCGAGGCAGUUAAAGUGGAAAAUCACUAAAGGAAUAGCAAGUGUGAAAAGGCUUUUAUCGAAAUUAAUAGUGAAUCGAUCGAAACCCACUAACCACUUUAAUUUUAAUUAAAACUCCAACCAGUGUACCUACAAAUUUCUUAAUCUAACAAUUAUAUGAAGCAAACAGAGUAAAGUGAUAUUAAAACAAAUAAACAAAAAUUACACUUAUGUAAUGUGCUGACGCUCAUACCAUAUUCCCCUCAACUAACUAUUUAAAAAAAAACAAUAUGUGUCAAACUUCCGGUCCCGGUAUGCAAAGUGAUCAAAUUCGGAAAUUCAUAGAGCAGGGAAUGCCCGAGAAAAUUGUUAAGACAGUGAAGUAUACGAUUCGGAAACGUGCGGCUGCACAAAACUCCCCCAAUACCAACAUGGAUACACAUAAUAUAAACGAUGUGAAUGUCUUAAAUCCAGUUCCUACGGACCAGAUUAAACCUUUAAGUAUUCCUCGCAUGUGCGGGCGGUUCCGCAAUCAAGCAACAGAGUCCGAUGCUUCAUUGCAGGAUAAAAUUACCAACAUCGGUGCUGCAGGCAGCGAAGAUAUUCAAGGCAGUAAACCUCAAGGCAACAUGGACGCCCUCGCCAUAACAACUGAAAUGACGAAACACUUCGUGCAACGAAUGUAUGGCAUUGUGGGAAAAAUGCAAAACAGCAAAUUAUAUACAUCACGGUUUCAAUUUCCUGCAAUAUUUUCAUCUGCACAUUCCAUGCAAAUGCAGUACCAAUGAAUGUUAAAUUUGGAAAGUAUGUCUGUAUAUUGAGAAGGUGACAGCAAUUUCGCACGAGCACAAUCGUUCUGGUCCCAAGUCAAAACUCAUAUGAAAAUUUACCCUCAUUUAAAUUGCAUGCGUUUUCGCACGUACGCCAUUCCGCUGCGACUUCUAAGCACAUAAAUAUGCACAACGCAGAGAAACAAUUCAAGCUUUUUUUAUAAGAUUGGUGUUUUUGCAAGCUACAAAAAUCGUGUGUUCAUAAAUAAUAUUACCUAAGGAAAUCAAACAAUUUUAAGGCCCAUAACAGUUUUUCAAUUCCUUCAACAUAAUAAAUUCAUUGGAUGUAUAACCGUUUUACAAUUUGCUUCACGAAAUGGGGAAGUAUAACCAUCAGCCGUCCAUAAUCGGCUUGAUAAUUUAAAAUCAUAUGAAUGUGUUUAAAGUUACGAACACUCGAUAUUUAAUCAUUUACAGAUUACUAACGAGAACGACGCAACCAGCCCACAUAGUUGCCGUCUGCGUGCUGACUUUUGUUACUUUCACGGUAUGGCCAGACAUAAUAGACACCCGUAAUGCUUCUAGUAGGAGAAUCUCGGAACAAGACCGAAAUGAACAACAUAAUACUUUGGCUGCAAUCGCAUACUUGGGAGCAUUCGCCACGCAUUUUGGUGCCCAGAUAUGGAUGACAUUCAUCUCAGGUUUAUCAUUAUAUUUCUCGUUGCCACGACAUAUAUUUGGGCAAUGUCAACAGAUUCUGUUCCCACGUUAUUUUGCUAUGAGCUCAAUAUUGAGCAUAAGUAUGCUGAUACUCUUUGUGAAGUACUUCCUCACCUCAUGGAAUGCAACCGCAAUAGUGCAGCUGAUAGCACUGAGUGUCACUGUUUUUAUUGAGAUUAUUAUACGACUCUACCUCGCACCGCCAAUGCUGCGACUGAUGCACGAGAAAUAUCGGAUUGAAGGUGCUAUCGGCAGUGGACGGGAAGUGGGUUCACUUGAGCAAGGUGAUCUCAUUCAGUGUCCGCACUAUCAACGAAUUCACAAAACUUUUCGCCGCAUCCAUAUGACGAUAGCCAUGGGCAAUAUGUCUGUAUUGUUAGCUACAUGCCUUCACUUGUAUUUUCUCGCAUCGAAAAUACAAAUUAGUUAAGGUAGUAAAAUGGAUAUAUUUGAAAUUAUCCAAACUAAAAGUGGCAACGGUUUAAACAACUCAACAAAAAUCAUUUAUAACCACAUUUUGAUUGAGUUGCAACAACUUGUGGCAGCUACCAGACCACCGAUGUACUGGGUUAUGUAUGUGGAUGUGACAAUAUCCAACUAUAUACCAAAAAAUUUAUUGCAUUUGUAUACUAUAAGAAGUUAUUAAAAUAAAAUAGUACGUACUUUUGUUGAUAUUGUAUCGUACAGACGUAUUAGUAUAAGUUAUUCCACUCAGUAAAAAUCAUAUUCCCAUUAUUCUAAAAUCUAUUCUAUAAGUUGCAUUAAAUUUAAGUAUGUGAAUAACAAGAAUAUAUAAUAUUCAUAAUUAUAAACUGUGAUACCCCAUAACCCUACUCAUAUAAAUCAGUAUAUGCCCGAUAGACAAUACCCAUCCAAGCAUAGUAAUAUAAGUCAUGCACAGGUCUGUUAUUCAUAUUAGCACAAUUUAUGUACGUAAAUACUUGCAGACACGUUCGAUGAGUUUAGUAAAUUUUGAAUAGUGUAUCGAAUGAAAUAUAACGAUUUUCUGAUUAUUGAACCAAUAUGAAUUCUAAUGAUAUAACAAGUACAAUUACACUCUAUAAGAAAUCUGCAUGUUGUUACAUUUUAUUUUAAUCUCAUGAAAAUGUGUAAAAUGAUUUUAAACCGAUUAACAUCUUAUGUAAUUAAAAUAAAGACGAGAUUAAAUAACUUUUUUAA